AAAAAGUGACUUCUACGUUUCAAACCCUGGGUCAUUACAUUUGAAUCUACCGGACUGACGUUGCUUUUUUUCUUCUUUGUUUUCUUUUUUGCCCGGAAUUUGCUGGUGGCACGUUUAUGACUGUCCCAAAAAAAAGAAAGAAAAAAGAAAAAAGUUGCCGUUGCAUGAAGGGACUCUGAUAGAAGUCUUCCAGGCGGCGGUUCACAGGUAGUAUCACUUCUGGGUCCCAUGUAUCGGAUAUGGCUCCAGCUUGUCGCUUUCCUCGGAGGAUUCGUGGUGCCAGGGUUACUACAAGUCAGUGGGAUGGAAAUCUUCACUUCAAGUGAAGUGGAAGCAGUCAAUGGGACAAAUGUGAGACUGAAGUGUACCUUUAGUUCCCGUAGCCCAGUGCAGGCCCAAUCUGUGAUUGUGUCCUGGAACUUCCGUCCCCUGAACCAAGGACCUGAGGAGUCGGUGUUCUAUUACCAUGAGACAUCAUAUCCUCCUACAUCAGGUCGUUUCAAAGACCAUGCUGUAUGGUCAGGGGAUAUCAUGAGAAACGAUGCUUCAAUCACCCUGCAUGAGGUGCCUCCGACCUUUAACGGCACCUACAUCUGCCAGGUGCACAACAAGCCAGAUGUACAUGGCAGAAACGGAGAAAUUAUACUCAAGGUCGUCAACAAAGUCACCUUAUCUGAGAUUGGCCUCCUGGCAGCAGCAGUGGGAGGUGCCUGUGGCAUAAUCCUGCUUAUCCUGGGGAUCGUCGUGCUGGUGAAGUUCUGCCGGAGGAGGCGCUCUGAGACAAACAUCGAAAUGCACGAACGGGAGAGGAAGGAUCCCACCGUAUGGUGAGGGUCAGAGGGCCUAGCCUCUUCCUCUCCCCCUGUGCUUGGGAGUAGUGUGGAGUUGGCAGUUUGGCUUUGGCAGAGUCUGUUUGGGGUCCUCUCUUUGGGAAGAGACUAAUGACCAUUGGGGUUGUGGGUUGUUCCUUCUUCCAUGUAUGCUGGUCCCUGAAUCAACCAAUACUAGCUAACUCACCACACUAUUAGGGAUAUAAGGUAUCAAUUUUAACGUUUUUAUCGAAAGUCGAUAGCAAUUUAUCAAUGUCUUGGCUUGAUUUUUCUCAUUUUAUCAUGUUUUUAAUCAUAGAGAUGUAUAUAUGAUGGAGAAUUUUCCCCAAAAAAGUAUUUUUAUUUAAGCUUGUUCACUGACCUCAAAUUACAACAGUACCUUCAACCAUGCUGGCCAUGUUGUGGAAGCAGCCUCAGCUCUCAUUGGCUCAUCAAAUCAAAAAAAAAAUGGCUCAGUCUUUAACAUAGUUAAAUGUUACAGGAUUUUUGUUUGGUUGAAGAUUAAUUUCAAUAUCUGCUACCAAAUUUUACAGGAUUAUGUUAUUGUGUGAUUCUUUACCUAAAACAGAAUGUAAUUGAUAACAAGCAAAAUUGAUGUCAAUCAUGAAAAGCAAAAAUGAGCACUUGAGUCUUUCAUAGUGCUCUUGUGAACUGAGUCAGCUUACUUCUUUUGCUUAUUAUACAGCUUGUUUAACCUUGCUCUUGGCAAAGCAUUCCCUCUUUUUGUUUAAAACACAGCCCAGAAUAACAGCUGUUGUUUUACAACAUGGAGAAAAAUGCUACUCACAAGUGUGAACUUGGGUGAAGAAAUGUGACCCCAGAGAACCAUGGACUGGUUUUUUUUUAGUGGAGACAUCUUAAUCAACUACUGUUCUGGUUAAAAUUUGUCUAUGGAUGGAAACAGUGCAUCAAUUCUCUGUGGUGCUUUGGAGUGAGGACAUGUCGGGAUUGGUUCCAGGCUGUGGCGUGUGGGUAUUGUAUUCUCAUAGGUUUCUUUCUUUCUUUUAUUCUGCCUUUUGAGGUAUGGUGAGAUGAAUUAAAGGAAAACGCUGGUAUUUUUGAACCCAUGCCCUUUUUCCCUAUCGUUGGGAAUCAAACUACGCAAUGGGCAGCCGAAUCUUUUAAACUGAUUCUGUCUUGAACAAGCAAGCAUCAGCCGACUGCUACGCACCAAGCUACAAUGUAAAUCGUCAGGGCAAAUGCGCUUACCAUAUUAUGUCUGCUCGAGGUUAGGAUAAAGAUGAUCACUCAGAAUAACUUUGUAUUGAUUUGCAGUGACCCUUUUUUCCAAGGGUCCCUCAAGGCUCAGUUCUUGGCCCCCUUCUCUUUCAUGCUGCCCCUUGGCCAGAUCAUUCAAAAUCACAAUGUGCUCUACCAUUUUCAUGUUGACAACACUCAGUUAUACGCCACUAAAACCCACAGAUCCUAGCACCCUAGCAAAUCUCACAACUUGCCUCCCUGACAUAAAAUCCUGGAUAUUCGAAUUUUUUCUCGAAUUUAAUGAUGGUCUGAGGUCAUUCUGUUCGAUCCUGAAAAUUCCAUCAGCCCUUGGUGGUCUGUCAGGUAGUCUUAAGCAGGCUACUAGGAAUAUUGGGGUAAUUGUCUAUGCUAACCUCAGUUUUGAUAAUCAUAUCAAACAUGUUGUUGAGUCAUGCUUUUCGCAGCUCAAACUAAUCUCCAAAAUUAGGUCAUUUUUAUCAAUUGCCGAUCUGCAAAAAGUUGUUAAUGCUUUUAUCUAUUCUCGGCUUGACUAUUGUAAUGCACUUUAUUCUGGUAUCAGCAAAGGCUCCCUGCACCACCUCCAGUUGGUACAAAAUGCCGCUGCUCAGCUCAUUACUGGGACAAGUAGGCAUGACCAUAUCACUCCUGUGCUUGCUUCCCUACACUGGCUCCCUGUUAUAUUUCGAAUUGAUUUUAAAUAUUUACUGCUCAAUUGUAAGGCUUUAAAUGGUCUUGCUCCUUCAUACAUUUGUGAUUUAUUGACUUGGUAUAUGCCCCCUCGACCAUUAAGAUCUGCAGUUGGAGUCCUGCUAGUUAUUCCCAGGUCCUGGUUUGUUACAAAUGAUCUGAAUGAUCAGGCUUUUGCUGUUUGAGCCCCCACACUAUGGAACUCUCUUCCUGUUGAGCUAAGACAAACCAAGUCUCUAGCUUCUUUUAAAUCUCGUCUUAAAACUUUUCUUUUUUAUGGAAGCUUUUACAAAAUGUCUGGUAUUUGUUUUUAUUUAUACUGUUUUAAUUUUUACUCUUACUUAUUUGGUCUUACUCUUAUUUUUGCCUUGUCUGGUUUUUUUUGGGGGGGGGGUUGUGAAGCACUUUGUAACAUUGUUUUAGAAAAGUGCAAUAUAAAUGAAAUUAUUAUUAUCAUUAUUAAGUGGACCCAAACCAUGUCAGGAAAAUGCCCCCCACAGCAUAAUGGAGCCGCCAGGACCCCUCACUGUAGGGGUCAAUUAUUCAGGUUUUUCCUUUAAUUUGUCACCCAUCUGUAUAUUAUUCUAUAUUUGAUAUUGUGGCAAAGACCCUUUUGACUCCUCCAAAAACAUUCUGAGCCUCAUAGUGCCAUAAAAUAGCUCUUUUUAGUGAUAUUAUUUUGCAAGCACUAUUGCCCCAAAGAACCACAGUGCAGCUUGGUGUGCAUCAGUUGGCUGAUAUGGGCUUGCCCAAUACCGACUCAAUUCAAAAGAUCCUGCUACACAUCCCUCAGUUUGACUCCAAAUAAUAGGAAAUUGGUUUUAGAUGGUUAAAAGUUGCUGCACCUCUGAUUACCCCAGUUAGCUAUCAUUAUCUCACUGUAUGUUUUUGUGUGUAUGUGCAAUUGCCUGCCUGUAUGUGCCUAUAUAUGUCUGCUUUAUAUAAUAGAGAUUGAUAGUUCAGAUGAAGAGUCUGAGCCUAGCAGUGGUGAUGAGGAGGAGGAAGAGGGAGAAGAGGACGAUGAUGAUGAUGAUGACGAUGACGACGACAAUGGUGGUG